UUACGUUAUUUUCGCUGACAAAAGAAGAUAAAAUAUCGUAAUUUAAAAAUGAAUUUUACGUUUUUUUUUCCUUUUACUUUCGUGAUGUACUAUUGUCAAGUAAACACAAGACCGUACUACUGUAUUUGUAAAUUGUAUUGUUUGUAACAGUAUUUCAUUUGAUCCAUAGGAUAUGGUGUUGAGGAGAUCUCUGUUGCUACUAAGACCUUUAGGUUCCAAGAGUUACCCCAUUAGGCAGCCAAAGUUUAGACACAGUUAUUGUGUCCUCAACUCUGAUGUUAUCCAGAGAUUUUUAUGUAAUGUCUGCAUUCAGAAAUCAGAAGUCACAGCUGGAAUCAUAAUUAUAGGUGAUGAAAUAUUAAAAGGACUGACAAAAGAUACAAAUUCUGUUUUCCUGUGCCAGAGAUUAAGAGAAGUAGGAGUAGAAGUUCAAAGGAUUUCAGUAAUAAGAGAUGAAAUAGAAGCCAUAGCAGAAGAAGUUGCAACCCAUUCUCAAAAGUACUCAUUUGUUAUCACAUCAGGUGGAAUUGGUCCAACUCAUGAUGAUCUCACAUUUGAAGGAGUUGCUGCAGCUUUUAAUGAGCAAGUCUAUCCACACCCCAUCUUGGUGAAUUUGUGUAAAGAAUAUUUUGGGAAAAACCUUUCGUGCCAUGCUCCUGCAAUGAAGCUUGCCCAUAUUCCAUCAUCAGCAAAAUUGAACUUUGGUGAAGAUAAGAAGACUGGGAAACAAACCAAGUUUCCAUUGGUAUCUGUAAAGAACGUUUAUGUCUUUCCCGGUGUCCCUACUUUGCUGGAAGGUGCUUUUGACGUGUUUCAGUACUUGUUUAGUAAUCCAAACCUCCGUAAACACUACAGGGAAAUGUAUAUAAAAAAGGAUGAAGUUAGCAUUACCCCUGUGCUUAAUGCUGCUGUUAGUAAGUUCAAAGGCAAGGUUAUGAUAGGUUCCUAUCCAGCACUUGGCCACAGCUAUUACAGGGUUAGACUGACUUUGGAAAGCAUGGUGGAGGAGGACAUCAUUGCUGCUCAUGAUUACUUACUCAACUGUCUCCCUGAAGGAGCUGUGGUAGCUUAUGAUAGAAAUGCUGUAGAAAAGGCUGGAGAACGAGUGUAUGAGCUUAUUGAGGAAGAACCAUCUGUAGACGGUGCAGUAAAAGUAAUUGAAAGCUGUUUGAAAAAGUACAAAAUGUCUGAAAUAUGCCUAAGUUUUAAUGGAGGAAAAGAUUGUACAGCACUGCUACAUUUAAUCCAUGCAUGUCUAAAGAGGCACUACCCUAAUUCUGAAGAAAGGCUUCAUGCUGUUUACAUUAGGGAUCGAAUACCUUUCCCUCAGGUGGAAUCGUUUAUUCAGGAGUCUGUAAAGAGGUAUAACUUAGACUUGUUGAUCCUUGAUGGUCAGAUGAGAACAGAACUACAAUACAUGGUUAUGGAAAGACCAAAUAUUCGUGCAAUGUUUAUGGGAACAAGACGUUCUGAUCCAGGAGGAGACACUAUGGACUACUUCUGUUUGACUGAUCCAGACUGGCCUCGUGUCGUUCGUGUUCUACCCCUGCUGAACUGGAGAUACAAUGAAGUCUGGAAUUUUCUUAGACAUCUCUCUGUGCCUUAUUGUUCUUUGUAUGAUCAUGGCUUUACGUCACUUGGUAGUAUGGACUGUUCUCGACCAAACCCUGCAUUGCAGUAUGUUGAUGAAAAGGGCGUUGUUAAAUAUCACCCUGCUUAUGUAUUAACAGACUGUGGACAAGAAAGAACAAGUCGGCAUUAAUCACACAGUAGCACCUGCAUUUAAACAUGGCAGACUUCUUUAUUUUACAUAGUGAGUCCACAUGAUAAUACGUCAUCGUGAAAGAAAAAUGUGAAAUAGUUUUAAAACUAAGUGUAAAAUACUAAUAUAUAUAUGUGUGUGUGUGUAUGUGACAUAACAUGGUAAAAAAGCAUGAACUAUUUCUUGGAUAUUUCAUUUUUGAGAUUUUAUCAAGUUUUUACCAGUAUUUUCAAGUUGAAUUUUAAGUAUCAAACAUUAGUGAUAAUAAAUUAGAUAAAAUAUGAAGUUUAGUUAGGCUAAAUGGUAAGUUUUCACAUUGUGAUUUAAGAUGAAUAUACAGUGUAUGGUACAGUUAAUUUGUAAUACAAGCUUCAUUGUCUGAUUAGUGUACAGCACUACCAAAAACCAAGCAAAAUUUUAGCUCCAAACAAUUAUUCUUUAAUUGCUUUCAGAUACAAUAAUUGUUAUAUUGAAUCAGUUUUGUUGUGUUAAUUUCACUUAAAACCAACUUGGUUUUUAUUGAUUUUUUUCUAUCCCAGUUACAAAACAAUUUUAAUUGCUCAAGAGAAAUCGCAAGUAAAAAAAAAAAGAUUAAGGAAUUUUAGUGAGUUUCAAGUGAUGAAAAUUUUUUAGUUCUAUAUUAAGAGAUAUUAAAAGCCGUAUAAAUAUUUUACGUAAAGUCAGUUGAAUGUGUAAUUAAAAAAACAAUUUCUCAUUGGAUUACCCUCCCACUAGUGGUUUUCUCAUUGAGUAAACCAUUUUUGCUGUUAUUUGUAAAAUAUAAGAAUAUUAACAUGAUAAGUUGCUAUAUGAAUGUUAAAA